UUUAAUUGUUCAAAAUGUACCAAAAUGUAUCACAGUCACAAGUUCAAGGACUACACAAACAAAAAUAUCAUCAUAAUGAAGUAAAAUAUCUGAUUAAAUAUCUGCUUGCAUAUCAUAGCCCAACUUCCAAUCAUUUAACAAAGCUCCAUAAAAAAACAACAAAACAAAGCCACCUAAUCAUUCAUUCAAAAUCUUCCCAAAAAUAUCCCUCACCGUCACCUCUCUCUCUCUCACUAACCACCACCGCCAACUGCCAACUGCCACUCAUGUCCGCCGCCGAAACCGUUACCCAUCACCUCUCCACUCCCCUCCUCGACGUCGAAUCGCCACACCUUCUCCAAUCAAUCUCAUCCCACGGCGGCUACGCUUUCGUAAGAAUGGCCACUCUAGCCGCCACCGGGGACUUCCGAGCUGCAGAGGCGGCGCAUGAGAUGGCAUGGGAGCAGCUCCAUUCCGGUCCCUGGCAUUCCGUUUUACCUGUCUGGCGAGACGCAUACUCAAUGGCAUCUCUCCACGUGGCAACUUUUCACUACAAAAACGACGAGUUUAACGAAGCGCUUAGGGUUUUGGAUAUGGGAUUAAUCAUGGGAGGAACAUUACUGAGACAAGAUUUAGACUCUGCCAUUGAAACCAUAACAGCAAAAUCAAGACAAAACGACAACAAAAUUAACCGUUUUGAGAAUUCCAACUAUAAACUUGUUCAAGAAGCUGAGUUUAAUAAAGAGGAGGUGCUGCGUGUAUUACCUGCAAAGUCACUGUCUUGUAAAAAUGUGAUUAAAAGAUCUGGAUUAUCUCUGGAGGCAUUUCUAAGUGAGCAUAUUUUAAGUGGUAAUCCUGUUAUAAUUAGUGACUGUAUGGCUCAUUGGCCUGCUAGAACAAAGUGGAACGAUUUGGAUUAUUUGAAGAGAGUUGCUGGUGACAGAACUGUUCCUGUUGAGGUUGGAAAAAACUAUUUAUGCAAUGAGUGGAAGCAAGAGCUUAUAACUUUUUCACAGUUUCUUCAGAGGAUUCAGUCCGAUGACUCUUCUUCUGCUGUUCCGACUUAUCUUGCUCAGCAUCCAUUGUUUGAUCAGAUAACCGAACUGCGAAAUGAUAUUUGCAUUCCUGAUUACUGUUAUGCUGGUGGCGGGGAGCUUAGGUCUCUUAAUGCUUGGUUCGGUCCAGCUGGUACAGUUACACCAUUGCACCAUGAUCCUCACCAUAAUUUACUUGCGCAGGUUGUUGGAAGAAAGUAUGUCAGGCUGUAUGCUGCUUCAUUGUCAGAAGAUCUUUACCCAUACAGUGAAACCAUGCUCUGCAAUUCCAGCCAGGUGGAUCUAGACAAUAUAGAUGAGAGAGAAUUUCGAAAGGUGCAUGACUUGGAAUUCCUGGACUGCAUUUUGGAGGAAGGGGAAAUGCUUUACAUCCCACCAAAGUGGUGGCACUAUGUUCGAUCUCUCACACCGAGUUUAUCAGUUAGCUUCUGGUGGAGUGAGUCUGGUAGUUCAGCCGUGUCUUGACGUUGUAGCAUCGUAUAGUUGGAUUCUUUUUUGAUACGACUGGCAUAGUAUGCCAAGAUAUUACUGGGUGUAAUGUGAAUAAAUUACCUUUGCAUUCAUGUAGUGAGAGUGAUAGAAUAAUUUCCACAAUGUAGAUCAAUUCAGUUUGAUUUUUCCUAAAAACUGAAAAUUUGGUUCAACUCUUUGAACUGGAAAAACUGCAAAAAUCAGAAAUCAUCAGUUCUUUAUUUUAAUAGUUA